CUCCACCAGAUUAAAAGGAUGAUGAAAUUGGAGGGAAGAAAUGAAACCAUAAUUACAGAAUUUGUCCUUCGUGGCUUUGGAGAGCUUCAAGGGCUGCAAAUUCUUCUCUUUGUGAUAUUUCUGUUGAUCUACAUCAUGACUAUGGCUGGGAACCUGACCAUCAUUGUACUAGUUGUGACUGAUCAAAACCUCCACACUCCUAUGUAUUUCUUCCUGGGCAACUUAUCUUGUUUAGAGACCUGCUACAGCUCAACCAUCCUCCCUAGAAUACUUACUGGUUUACUGAAUGAAAAUGAAGGUGUUUCUGUUAACGGCUGCAUUGUGCAAUUAUUGGCUUUUGUAUUCUUAGCAGUAACAGAAUGCUAUCUCCUGGCAGCAAUGUCUUAUGACCGUUACAUAGCAAUAUGCCACCCCCUGCAUUACUCUGCCCUUAUGAAUUUCAAGGUUUGCCUCCAGCUGGUGGCUGGAUCUUGGAUUGGCAGUUUGGUGAUAGACACAAUAUUUCUAAUAUUUAUGUUGCAGGUAACCUACUGUGGCUACAAUGUCAUUGAGCAUUUCUUUUGUGAUUUCAUUCCAAUGAUGAAUUUGGCCUGCAGUGAUGCAAGUCAGGUGAAACUGGUAUCAGCUGUUUUGGCUUCUCUCUCCAUCCUGCCACCAUUCAUUCUGACCAUAGCAUCAUAUGCAUACAUCAUUACUACCAUUGUAGGAAUCCCAUCCACCACAGGAAGGAAGAAGGCCUUCUCUACCUGCUCUUCUCAUCUCAUUGUGGUGACCAUUUUCUAUGGCUCUCUUACCAUUGUGUAUCUUUUACAAGACAACUAUGAACUGAGAAUACUGAAUAAGGUAUUAUCUGUCUUUUACACCAUCUUGACACCCCUGGUUAAUCCCUUUAUAUACAGCCUGAGGAACAAAGAGGUGAAGGAGGCCUUGAGGAGAGGUGUCAACAAAUGUGCUAACUGCAUAUGA